GUUUUCCAGAAUACCCUUGCCUCGCGCGGGCCUACUCUCCUCCGCCCACUCGCUAGCCGCCGCUUCCCCCUUCCGCACCGACUGCUGCGCCACUCCGCCAAGCGCAGCGCGCGCUCCCCCCGGCAGGCGGAGGGCUUGGCGCGCAGCGGCUGCAGGGGGCGCGGGCGAGGCGGAUGCGGGGGCGGCGCCGCUGGUGACCACUGCGGGCGAUGGCGCAGUGAGGGCGG